UAGCUAUGGCUGCAUUAGUUCGAUUCCAGAAGCUAUUUCGCUGUGUCUUACACACAAGAAAACAUUGCUACAUUAGCACUAAACAACCAAAGCUCUUUCAUUCAGGUCUUGCAGGUAGUGACGUGAUUGCAAGUUAUAUCCGACGGAUUGUUCUAAGAAAUACGUCAAAACGCAAUGCAUUGUCUGUGUCGAUGUUGGAUUUUCUGUUGGACGCAAUUGAGAAAGCAAGUGCAGAUGCGGACACUAGAGUAAUAAUACUAGCAGCUGAUGGUCCCGUGUUUUCUUCAGGGCAUGACCUCAAGGAACUGCUCGACAGAGAGAGGAGAGACUACCACAAGCUUGUGUUUGAGAAAUGCAGUGAACUGAUGGCUCGGAUACAAGAUGUACCGGUGCCUGUUAUUGCUGAAGUCAAAGGUCUUGCAACAGCUGCUGGAUGUCAACUUGUAGCAAGCUGUGACAUUGCAGUUGCUGCUGACACAUCACAGUUUGCAACACCAGGAGUGAAAAUUGGUCUCUUUUGUUCAACUCCUGGUGUUGCACUUGGACGUUCAAUUCCUCGGAAGACAGCAAUGAAGAUGCUGUUCACUGGAGAACCAAUAUCAGCAGAAGAGGCCUACGCGACCGGUUUGGUAAGUAAAGUUGUUCCUGAAGACAAGUUAGAAGAGGAGACUCUCAAAAUGGCUAGUAAGAUUUGUGAGUACAGUCAGGAAGUCAUUUCAUUGGGGAAAGAUUGCUUCAACAAGCAAAUGACAUUGGACCGUGAUGCAGCCUACAGGUUGUCCAGUAAGGUGAUGGUACAGAAUCUACAACUAGCAGAUGGACAAGAAGGCAUUCAGGCAUUCAUAGACAAGAGGAAACCAAGAUGGAAUAAGCACAAAGCAGCAAUUUGAGAAUGAAGUCAUACAACAACUAGGACUAGACGUUAUUAAUUUUUACACAGCAGGUUAAGUGCUGAAAUUAUUCGAAUAUAAUGAAAUAUACCUACAAGUAGUUCUUGUUUUUGUGCAA